AAUGCCAACUGCGAGCUGCCAUCACGUGGUGCGCUUUAUGAUUUCUGCGCUCUGGAUUUGUCUCCAGUUGCGCUGGAGAAGAGACUCUCACUUAGCGGAGCUUUCGCUCUCACCUCAGCCAGCCGAGAGGAUGAGCGGAUCCGUGUCUGGGCUUCCUCCGCGGCGGUUCGUCCUCCAUGCCUCCGUCUGAACAAGUUCAUUGUGUCGGAUGUUUCCCCUCCGAGCGGUACUUGGGAGAGAAUGCUUCUUCUCGUUUUUGCGACUUUAUUUGGAGUCCUUCUCGACGCAGGAGAUGCCCUUCAGAUCCAGUGCUACCAGUGUGAGGAGAUGAAGCACAGUGACUGCUCCACGCCGGAGUACAUUGUCAACUGCACCGUCAAUGUACAGGACAUGUGCCAGAAGGAGGUGUUGGUCAAACCCGAUGGAAUACAUUAUCGGAAGUCCUGCGCCUCCUCCGGGGCUUGCCUCAUCGCCUCCUCUGGCUACCAGCAGUUCUGCACUGGCAGGCUGAACUCAGUCUGCAUCUCCUGCUGCAACACCCCGCUCUGCAACGGGCCCAGGAGGAAGCGUCCCGUCCCUUCGGCGGCGAUGUCCAGCCCGCAGGCGAACCGGCCACUUCUCCUUUCCCUGACCUUCCUCCUGCCGCUGCUGACACUCCUCCCUGUGACGUAGACUGAGGAUCCCAUUACAUCUCCACUGUGCACCUUGGAGCUGGGACCUGCCGUGAUAUACUGAAGGAGCAGAUUUGGACACCACACUGGCUUUGUAUCUUCUCAGCGUCAUGAAAAACUGUUAAUAUGAUCUAUAUAACGCUGUUACCACUGAGAAUGACACUGGAGAAGUGGAAGCAUAGAGAGCUUUCUGAAUCAUUUAUUGCUCUUGUUUCUAGAGAAGGACCAGCCAGUCUGCAUCUCUCAAUUCCUUUGCUUUUUGUGAAGUGAAGCGUUUUGUGAGGAACCUGCUUUGAAGUUAUUUUCUGGUUAUUACACGCUGUAAAAGGUGCUGGUAGAAGUUAUUGUAGAAAAAUGAUAUUUUUAAGCUUUUAUUUUGUGGGCUUUAUUUGAUUGAUGGUUUGAAACAGCAGUGUUAAUUUUCUUUCUUGUUAACACUGUUGCUGUUGUUGCUCAAAAUACACAAUUUUCAUAUUUUGAAUUGAUUAUGACAGAACUGAUAUUAUGAACCCAAAAUAUACUUUUGUUCUUUAUAUCAUACGUGAUGAUGAAGAAGGCACUUUGUUUCAGCCAUAUAAGAAUUGAAUUUAAAGGCUUCUGAGGUCUUUUGCAUCAUAUAAAUGCAUAUUUUCCACUGCCGCACAGUAUUAAUUGACAUUUUGGAAAGCCUGUUUGUGUGUUAUUGCUUAUUCAUCCUCAAUCAUUAUAUUUAAAAGUUGAUUCUGGCAUUCAAUAAGCUGAUUAGAUAUAUUAAUUAGACCUUAAUAUAUUCCUUUGGAAAAUUAGAUAUUGAACUGUCAGAGAGCUAAACUUGGAAACACCCAGUACAAGUAAUUAUAAAAUGUAUAUUACAUAGACAUAGUGCAGUAUAAGAACAAGCUAUAAGCACAAAUAUAUUCUCACUAGAGAAAUGCUUCAGGGUGAUAUCAGCCAUAUUUCCCUUUAAGUUUAUAUUUCUUUAGAACAUUAAAUAAUUAAACAUAUGCCCAGAUCAUAGCUAGUAUUGCAUGUAGCCAAAGCUGUAGACCAAAUAUUGCACUUUACAAUCUACAGCAAUGAAACAAAAUUUGACUUCCUGUGUGGAUCUUAUUUCCAUGUCCAGAUGGGUAUUUUGUCCAAAAUUGCAAGUUUAUAUUUCCCUUUAAAUGAUUUAUUUGCCCAUUUAUUUGUUUCAUGACGUUCUAUUUCACUGAUUUUAGUUUAUUGCUUUUUUCAAUCUGUGCAGUAUUAUAUUUAACUGUAGUGAAUGAGCUGUAGACAACAACGAUGCAGACAUGUUCUAACUGUAUUUUAAUGCCACAUUAAACAUUGAAGGUGUUAAUGAUCUUGAGAAGAGCAAAAGCCAAGAAAGUGCGCUGAGGUUCCACAUCAAUUAGACGCUGUUUUCACAUUAUUACGAUAUUGUUUUCAUAUUAAAAAGAAUGUUGUAUGUUGAUUUAUAUUAGAAGACUUGUUUCCGAGCGUAAACCAAAAAAUUAGAUAGACCAUCCGAUAAAAUGUUCAUGGCA